AUGAUCUUUCGGCUAGCCAUCAGAUUAUGGCUUCAACGACGGCUAUUUUGGGAUGAUGCCUUUGCAAUAGCUGGCUACUUUGGACAGGUAGCCCAACUAGUGAUGGUCACGAUUGUAUCACCAUUGAUAUAUAUCCAUCUCCAGGGGUUUUCUGGCACUCGCCCACCACCAGAGUAUGGGAUAAAAAUCACCAAAAUGAUCCGGCUGGUAUACGCACAUAAUGUAGUGUUUACUGCAAGUUUAUACUGCAUCAAGGCAAGUUUCAUGGCGCUCUACUGGAGGCUGAUCCAGGAUUUAAGCGACUAUCGGAAAGCCUGGUGGGCAGUGGCAGUGCUCUGCGCAGUCUCUCUGACUAUAAAUGCGGUUUUGUUCCCCGUGGGGUGUUCGACCUUGGAAGCAUUCCAUUGUAUUGACAAGGGAAGCAUCGACCGCACCCUGGUAAGCUUGCGGUUUAACACAGCAAUGGACAUCGUGACAGACGUGUGCAUUAUGGUCCUUCCGAUUGUCCUAAUCGUGCGGUCCAACCUCCCAGGCCCAGAGAAAGCAGGCUUGGUCAUCCUCUUUGCUUUGGGUUUCAGUAUCAUCACCAUCUCGGUGGUCCGCAUUAUCAAGAGCAAUGGCUAUCAGAGCCAGCCGCCCCUCUCCUGGCUCUUGUUCUGGAGCACAAUGGAAACAGCCGUGGCGGUGAUAACGUGUUGUCUGGCAACGUUCAAAUCGCUGUUCAACCUGAAACAGCGACCCACCCAUUAUUCAUACUACACCAAGACGCGAACAUCUCGGCGUCGACGACGAACUCGAACUGCCCAGAACAUGGACAACAUGAACCUCACGCUGCCGACGAUCUCGGAUCUCGAAGCAUCCACAGAUAGCCAGCGGACAGGUAACGAGCGGAAGGAGCCGAGUAUGAUGACCAUUUCGUCCGAUAGGAAGACGGCCAGGUCUCAUGACGCCGAGCUCAAGGAGGAGACCAUGAUUGGGGCUUCCAUUGACAGAGCGACUGGCAGCAUUCCUGAACCCCAUCGCAGCGAUUGUGAUCGUCGGCCCCAAGCGCCCAGCAUGGCACAGUUGCGAUAG